AUCUUUCCAAAUCCCUCUACCGAAACAACUUUACUCUCUGUUUCGUCUGGAGAAAUCUAAGUUUUUUACAAAGUCUCAACUUUCAGAGAGAAAUCAAGAAGCAAACUUUACUCGAAAAGUCUAGAGAAAGAGAUGUGGAAGUAAUCGAAGUUCUAAACUUGGAGUGAUAGUAAUUGGUGAAAUGGCGGUUUUAUCGUCGGCGAUGUACGGAAGUUACCGGCCGGUGAAGAAGACGGAGCUGAGAUCAGUUAUACGGUGGAGAGUGAAGUGUCAGGUGUCAUCCGUAAAACCCGCCACGUAUUCCUCCAGAAUCUCCACAGAUAUUCCUCUGCACGAGUCUCCUCAGGCGUUGUUCGAUGAGUAUUUGGAGGAUAAAUCGAGAGUUUUCGAAGCAAUGUUUCCUGAUAAACCCAGAAGCAAUAGGCUUAACGAGGAAGAGUGGAGAAUUCAGAUGUUACCAAUAAACUUCCUCUUCCUCACUGUGUGGCCUGUGGUCGAUAUGAGGUUAAGAUGCAAAUCCAACGGUCAGGAUUAUCCUCCAGAUGUUCCUUUAGAUAUAACCAAAGUUGUUGAGCUCAACAUGACGAGAUGGGAGCUUAAAGGGCUUAACCGAGUAAUGGAACCGUCUGAUUUCAGUUUGGGAGUCAAAGGUGCAUUGUACCCGGACCGAAGAGGAAAACACACAAGGCUUAGAGGUCAACUAGAAAUGAACAUAAGUUUUGUUCUUCCUCCGGUUCUUGAAUUGGUGCCUGAAGAUGUUAGGAGAAACUUGGCCAAUGCGGUUUUGACCGGUUUAGUGGAUAAUAUGAAGCAUAAGGUUAAUGGGAGCUUGCUCGCUGAUUAUAACAGAUUCAAGAAUGAGAGAAAAUUGCAGAGGUUAUCGACUAAAUCCGAGUUUUAAUGUCAAUGUUCAACCAUGUAUAGUUUCUCAGUCCCACAUGAACGAACAAUCGAUUAUAAAGUCUCAGUGUAAUUUUUUUGGUCAACUUAUACAACAAGAGUUUUUGUUUUGUACAGUUUUGUUUCGGAUAAGUACUUAAAUUUCCAACAAAAA